AUGCCCAUGCACACGUUCGAUCCUGUGCGCGAUGCGGUGAUGAACUCGCCCACCGUGUCCAACGUGCACCUCGACAUUCCCAAGCGUGUCAACAACAUACCUUUUCCGCCCUCGCCGCCGUCUGAGGCGACGCCGCCAGCGAGCAGCCCCAUCACCCGCCGUGCGACUGACCUGUGUGUCCUGCUCAACGCCGACGAGCCCCCCUACGAGACACCGCUCUUCACGCCGACGACCCCGCGCAGUCACCCGACGCUCUCCCAUCUCCUCAACGACCCCGACCCCCCCGACCAGCUCUCCCAGAUGGCUCCUCUUCGCCGACGUGCCAGCGCCGACCUCUCGCGCGAUGCCAUGCACGAUGUGCCCCGCGAGGGCUCCUACUUCGCGUGGCCCGCUCACUCGAGCUCUUCUCCUCAAGCCAGCGCCCUCGCUCUCCCGGGCUCUCUUCCCACUCCAUCCCACGCAGCGACGACGCCUCACCGUCACACACGCUCCCCAGCCGUCUCUGCGUCCUCCAGCGCCGCGUCUUCCCGCCCGUCCACCGCCUCUCGUCCGUCUGCCAGCCUCUCCUCCAUCUCAGCAUCUAUGCCCUUGCAGCUCUCUCACUUCCCCCGUCGUUCCUCCAGUGCCAACAUCUCUCCCUCUCCCGACAUGCCACCACCCCCCUUGCCGUCUUCCCAGACCACCGCACCCGGGCCCUCGCCCUCUCCCUCAACCUCCAGCUCUGCCAAUUCUUCCCCGGUCGCAAGCACCCGCGGGCUUGCCUCUCCCGCUCCCUCCUUUAUGUCCAAGCUAAAGCCUUCGCCCAAGCCUUCAUCCCCUUCAAAGCCCCCAGAGGUCCUACCCACCUCGCCCGCGCCCUCAAAACUCCCUUACGCGCCCACCCGCCGGCGCACCCCCGCAGGCUCCGUGCUUAUCCCUCUCUCCCCAGCCGAGCUCGCUCGCUACCGCAACUACUCCGGCGGCGUCGGCACCCUCAUCCUCCGCAAGCGCAAGCGCGACGACGACGAUCGCGAUGGCACCGGCAACGGCGAGCGCGCGCGCAAGCGACCCAAUGACGGGGAUGCCGGCGAGGACCGGCCAGACGGCGACAGCGUGCCCAAGCGCAGGCGUACCGGUGACGUCGGGCUCGUGGUCGAGCACUAUAACUCCCGCCCGGACGUCGGCGUCACCCAGCGCAAGGACUCGCCCAUCAUCGGGCUCAAGAGCUUCAACAACUGGGUCAAGAGCGUCCUCAUCACGCGCUUCGCACACCCCGUCCUCGCUGCGAGCCCCGUCGCCAGCGGUGGACCCGGGCGCGGGCGUGUGCUCGACAUCGGCUGCGGCAAGGGCGGGGACCUCACCAAAUGGGCCAAGGCGAAGGUGCGCGAGUACGUCGGCGUCGAUAUCGCCGCGAUCUCGGUCGAGCAGGCCGCCGCGCGUCAUGCGGGCCUCCGCGCACCACGCUUCACCGCGUCCUUCUUCCCGCUCGACUGCUACACGCACGCGCUGAGCGCGGCCCUCCCGCCGGCCGUGCUACGCCCGUUCGACGUCGUCUCGCUGCAGUUCUGCAUGCAUUACGCGUUCGAGAGCGAGCGCAAGGUGCGGCAGAUGCUCGAGAACGUCGCGGGCGCGCUGCGACCCGGCGGGGUCUUCAUCGGCACCAUUCCGGACUCGGAGCAGCUCCUCGCGCAACUCGACGCGCUGCCGCCCAAUGUGGAGGAGCUGACGUGGGGGAACAGCGUGUACAAGAUUCGCUUCGAGGACCGAGCGCAGCACCCGCUCUUUGGGCACCGCUACUGGUUCUUCCUCAGGGACGCCGUCGAUGACGUACCCGAGUACGUCGUGCACUGGGACAACUUCGUGCAGCUCGCGGAGGAGUACGGCCUCCAGCAGAUGUACCGCAAGGAGUUCCACGACGUGUUCGAGGAGCACCACGAGCACGCCGAGUUCGGGCCGCUGCUCGAGCGCAUGCACGUCGUCGACGCGAACGGGGAGAGCCAGAUGGACGAGGACCAGUGGGAGGCUGCCAACAUCUACGUCGCGUUCGCAUUUACAAAGCGCUAG